AUGUCGAGGGUAGAAGGUUUGAAAUGCGUUUUAGGCGAUGAUACGUAUCGGAAGAUCAGAAAUGCCAAGGUCUUACUCGUCGGUGCUGGAGGCAUCGGCUGUGAACUGCUGAAGGACCUCAUCCUGCUGGGAUACAGUGAAGUUCACGUUGUUGACUUGGAUACCAUUGACCUGUCCAAUCUGAACAGACAGUUCUUGUUCCGUCACAAGGAUAUCAAACAACCAAAGGCCUCGACAGCUGUUAACGCUGUUCAGUCGUUCAACUUCUUCAAGACGAAGCUGGUGCCGUACCAAGCCUCAAUCUACGAAACUGAUCUCUUCCCGAUGUCUUGGUUCGAGCAGUUCGACUUGAUCUUCAAUGCCUUGGAUAACAUUCAAGCAAGAUCGUACAUCAACAAGGUGGCUCUGCUGCUGAACAAGACAGUCAUGGAGAGUGGCACAACGGGCACAAACGGUCAGGCCCAGCCAACUUUCCCGUACCAUACUGAAUGCUAUGACUGUCUCCAUAGGGAAACUCCCAAGACUUUCCCUGUGUGUACCAUCAGAUCUACUCCAUCUCAGCCCGUUCAUUGUAUACACUGGGCAAAGAGUUUUCUAUUCACUUCUUUGUUCUCUGAAGAUGAUGAACCUGUUGUACAACCAGAGGGUAAAGAUACUGGGGAAUUGGGUACUGAUAACCAACAAGAGAUUGCAAAUUUAAUCUCUGAAAAUAACGAACUCGUCGAGUUGAAGAGAUCUAUCGCUUCUGAAGACUUUGUCGAUAAAGUUAUUGCGAAAGUUUUCACAAAGGAUAUUGAAAACUUGUUAAAGAUCUCAGACCUUUGGAAGACAAGAAAACAACCAACCCCAUUGGAAUAUAACAAUCAAAUUAAGGAAAAGGUGUUAAAGAUCUCUAAAGAGGAAAUCGGCACAGGUCAAAGGGAAUGGACUUUGGAACAGAACUUGAAGGUCUUUAUCGAUUCGACUUUGGCUCUACAAAAAAGAAUUGCCAUAGAAAAGGAAAUUGAAUUCGAUAAAGAUGAUGAGGACACUUUGAACUUUGUUGCAUCGGCUACAAACAUCCGUUCUCAUAUUUUCUCCAUACCGCUAAAGGCUAAAUUCGAUAUCAAAUCUAUUGCAGGUAACAUCAUCCCUGCUAUUGCAACGACAAAUGCAAUUAUCGCAGGCUUCUCAGCACUAUUAUCUCUCAAACAGUUUGAUGAAUCUUACGAAAAUAGAAUCCAAAAUUCCAAAGCUGUCUUUACUGUUUCAAACUCUGAUAAGUUUGUUUCUCCAUCGAUGUUACAAUCGCCAAAUCCAAAAUGUGCAACCUGUUCAGCGGUCAGAGGAGUUGCACAUUUCGAUACGUCAAAAACUCUCAAUGAUCUUCUUGGUGCAUUACAGUCCACUUAUGGAUUAGACGAGGAAAUAUCCCUCUCUCUGGGAAGUAAUUUGCUCUAUGAUAUCGAUUUUGACGACAACGUUGAAAAGACAUUGAAAGAAAUGGGUAUAGUGGAUGGCGUACUGUUAAACGUGGCUGAUGAAACCGAUAAGUACCAAUCGGUUAAAGGAGGCGAUCUGAAAUUACCAGAUAUAAAGAUGGCUGAGAAACCUCCUGUUGAAGAAAAGGAAGAGAAUGAUCAAGACGAUGAGGAAGAUGGUGUAGAGCUUAUUAAUGAUAACGAUGAUGAUCUUCUUAUUGUUGACGUUAAAGAAGCAACCUCCCCUGAUAAGAGAAAGGCUAAAGCCCAAGACUAUGAUGAUACCCACGUCACGAAAAAGCCAAAGACAGAUUCUGAAAUUGAGAUUGUGGAAUGA